AAGUCCACUUAUAACUCUCUUCCAUGGCGAACGAUCAAGCCUUCGUGGUUGACAAGAAAGAUAUUUUUCUCGUUACACCUUCAAAACCAACACCAUCGUGUGUCCUCUCGUUCUCUUCUGUCGACAAUGACAACAAUAUCGAGUUACUUGUCUACACCAUCCAUGUCUACAAGGCAAGUCACGAUCAAGAGAAUAACUUGCAUGAUGAUCCGGCUUGCCUCAUCAAGGAUGCCCUCUCUAGGGUACUCGUGCACUACUACCCGAUGGCCGGGAAACUCAAGAGGAACAUAGAUGGAAAACUCCGAAUCACUUGUAAUGCCGAAGGUGUACCCUAUGUGGAGGCUGUUGCAUCUUGUUCCCUUUCUUCACUUAAUUACCUAGACGGUAUUGACUUGCAAACUGCGAGAGAGUUUGUUGUCAACUAUCCAAAUCAAAGCGAAUCCGGUUAUCACCCUCUUGUCGUGCAAGUUACCAAGUUUUCUUGUGGAGGUUUCGCCAUAGGGAUGGGCUUGUGCCAUGCUAUGUGUGACGGGGUGAGUGCUUCCCAAUUUCUUAGAGCAUUGGCCGAUCUUGUCAAAGGAGAGAACGAGCCAUUGGUAAAACCAGUAUGGGAGAGGGAACUAUUAGUUGUGGAACCUUGUGAAGAAUCCAUUGAACUUCCAUUUCAAAAAAACACCUUAGCAAAUUCCCCAUAUUUACCCACCACUGAUCUCCUUCACGAGUUCUUCAACAUAAGCGGCGAGACUAUAAAGAAAAUGAGGUCGAGUUUGAUAGUAAAAGGCGAUGAUAUUGAUAUCGGAGUCAUGAGAAACAACUUCACUAGCCUUGAAAUAAUUAGUGCUUAUAUUUGGAGGUCAAUGUUUAGGGCCUUAGAUUUAAACUCAGAUGGUGACACUGUCUUUACUAUCAUCACCGGGAUAAGACACAUACUGAAAAAUCCCCCGUUGCCUCAAGGGUACUAUGGUAAUUCUAUAGUGCUUGUCAGCUCUGAGAUGUCGGGAAAACAACUUAACGAGGGUCCAUUUCUUGAGGUCGUAGAGACUAUCAAAGAAAGCAAAAAGAAUGCCUCCGAUCCGGAUUACAUUUGGAAAGCGAUAAGUAUAACCGAGUCAAUAACACGAGCCAAACCUGUUUUCAAAAAUAACGGUGCGUGUGUUUUCUUGACGGAUUGGAGGCACCUAGGGUUUAUGGAGAUAGAUUUUGGGUCGGGGGAGCCCGUCAACCUUAUGGUGUUGCCUUGGAGUGCAAGUUUUUACGUGGGCAUGUGCUUGCUUCUUCCUUCAUGCAAACUCGAUGCCAAGAUGAAAGGUGGGAUGAGGGUGUAUCUUACCCUCCCAAGGGCUGCCAUGGCUAAGAUGAAGGAUGAAAUGGAUGCUAUUGAACAAAUGGACUACAUCAAAUGAUUGGUUAAUUGAAAUGUUUUAUAUGUGUGUGUGUUUUAAUUUACAAAUAAGUUAAGUUUUAUGUGCAACAAAUUGUACUUGAUUUCUUAAA